CUACCACGACGCGAAGUGCGGUUUCUAACGGUUAAAGUGCAAAUUGCCGUGCAUUUAGUUAACUGCUCGACUGCAGUUUUGUGAGGCGUUGCCAAUGCCACUCUCUGUCUCUACAUAUCUGAUACAAUAAAUAUUUGAAAAAUAACAUAUAUAGAGCCCAUCAUUUUUAAUUGGCAAAUUAAUAGUCGUAGCCAAGGGUAUGCUGUUGCACAUUCCGCAUCUUGCCAUGAUUCGUAUCCUCGUUGGAGUGCUUUGCUUCGCCAUUUGGUCGCCGGUUAGCCAGGCUCUGAGUCCUGGCUUGCAGGUGGCCAAGCAGUGGAAACUCAUACGCUAUAACUUUGAGCCUCAGGCCCCGAUCACUGAUCCUAAUUUCUAUAAUCCCGAAAAUGUUCUAAUUACUGGAAUUGCUGUUACGGAUGAUAGGAUCUUCGUGGCCACACCGAAGCUCUUUUCAGGAGUUCCCUCAACCGUAAGUUGGGUGUCCAAGGCGCAGUUUGGGGAUUCUCCCACAUUGCAGGCUUUUCCGGAUUGGUCCUUCUCCAACACAGGACGCAGUGACUUCAACUGCAGUGAUCUCGUCCUGACAUCAGUUUAUCGCCUCCGUCUGGACUCCUGCAAUCGCAUUUGGCUGCUGGAUGCUGGAAUUUCACGAUCCCUAGAGGACUACGAAAUCACCUGCCCGCCCAAGAUCUUGGUAGUGGAUUUGGCUACGGAUCGCGUGGUGCGUAGAAUUGAUUUUCCUCCAGAGGUUCUGCGUGGAGAAUCCCUAUUCACCAACAUGGUGAUUGAUGAGACAACAGCCAAGGGAUGUGAUGAUGUAUUUGUUUAUAUCACGGAUACCGUUGAGCCGGGAAUAAUUGUGUAUGAUAGUGGUAAGGAUGUCACCUGGAGGGUAUCCCAUCCAGCCAUGUAUCCCGAUCCGGAUUUCGCCCAGUCGGAGAUCCAUGAGCAUCGUUUUGUUUUAAUGGACGGAGUGGUUGGUCUGACGUUCGAUGAGCGCACCGGUGUGGUUUACUUCCAGCCCUUGGCAACAGACAGAGUUUUCUCCGUUCACAAGAAUGUCCUACGUGCUGGUCCUUUGCCAGAUGGUAAAAUGCUGGAUGUCAAACUGGUGGGCAAGAAGAGUUCCCAGGGCAUUGGACUCUCGGUAUCGCCAUUUGACAGCAGCCUGAUCUUCAGUCCCCUGACUGAAACAGCCAUCGCUUCAUGGAAUCCAACUACUAAUCAGCAAUCGGUCUUAGCAUUUGACAGAGAUCAGUUGCAGUUUGUGGCUGAUAUAACCACUACGAAAUCGGAACCAGGUGUGAUAUAUGCCAUAGCCUCCAAGUUCCAUCGCUUCUUCCUGAAGAACCUAAAUCCCAAUGAAUUUAAUAAUCGUAUUUUGAGAUUGGAACUGCCUGCUAGCAACUCUCUGCUGGGUCAUCGAGUUGCUCUCCCUCCAGCACCCACUCACAAUAGUCUGUUGAACUUUGGCGUUUACAAUACUCACGGUCAGACCUCGACGAAUGCUUUGCAAACGUAUUUCACCAGUCCGGCGCUGACCACGCCCUUUACCACCAAAUCGCCCUUUAAGUUCGAAACGGGAGGAAUCGUCAACUAUGCCGCACGAAAUCCAUUUACAGCUCUCAAUCAAGGCGAGGCUUUUCCGCCCAGCAAAGCGACCAGGGACAACUAUCAGCGUUCCUAUUUGGACACCCUGGUGGGCACAACGGCCCCGGCGGCCACCACCCGAGUGGUUUCGGUGCCACCCACCGCCUACAGCGGUCGCCAUAGUGGUUACUACUAUCAGCGAGCCACGAGAUCGUUGGGACAGCAGUAAAAAGAAAUAAACUUGCGCAGACGCUGCGUAUACGCAAUGUAAAUAAUGCUCUAUAAAUGUAAAUUGAAUAAAUUAAUUUAAUGACA